CUGUGCUUCCGCAAACACAGUGAACACUACACAUCUUUUAUUUCUUAAAUUUUUUAUAAACAAGUCUUGAAAGGCAUCAAUAAUUAGUUCAUUGCAUAAAUAUGAAAGACAUUGACGUCAUAUCAGCAUCAGAUAUAAGCCUCCAAGGAGAGCAACAUGGUGUAGAAUCUGGCAGUUUGCAAGAGAAAUGUCCUGCUUUUAAAGAUGGGUGCCCAUUUACAACUCUUGAAGAGCAGGCCUUGAAAGAUGUGCUUGAAAAGUGUCCCGAAUUUACAAAUGGCUGUCCAUUUAAGGAAGCAAAGACUCUUUCUGAUGUUUACAAUAAGUUGUCCCAGGUUCCACAUUCAGCUGGUGAUGAGGAUAAAGUAUCUGAUCAGAAGUUGGUGAAAAUGUUCAAGAGUAUGCAUGGAAUUUCUGAAAAUCUUGAAGAAAAGAUGGGAAACUGUCCUGUGUUUCAUAAGGAUCAAGGCUGUCCAUUCAAAAGUGUUCUAACACAGGAUGGGAAACAUCUUGUUGAACCCGCAGAGUCUGUUAUUUCCUCGGAGUCUAUUACCCCUUCUGAGUGUGUUACCUUUUCCAAGUCUGUUACGCCGUCAGACUCUGUUACUACCUCAGAUUCAGGGAUUCCCUCGGAGUCCAUUGUUCCUUCAGGUUUGGUUACCACCCCAGAGGCCGUUAUUUCCUUGAAGUUUUCUGAACGGUCUUCCAGUGAUGAUCUCAUACCUCUUCAGUCAUCUGAAGCGAACAUCAUGAUAACUGAAGUAAACAAUGUGCAAGAAACUUGCCCAGCAUUUAAACAUUCCUGUCCUUUUUCCACUGCAACUACUCGCACCUUACGCUCCUUUCAAAGUGCUUCGAAAUGUCCGGAAUUCAAAGAAGCAUGCCCGUUUAAAGAUUGUAAAAUUGUAAACGACAUUUAUGGAAAGCUUGAAGAGAUUCCAGAUCUUGAAACGGAGAAUGGAAGUCAUAGUGAGUUGAUUAAAAGCUUGAAGUUACUUCACAAUAUGUGCGUUGAGCUGGAGAAGCAAAUUGGUGAAUGUCCUGUUUUCAAUACCCAAACUGGAUGCCCUUUCAAGACUAUAUGCGGUGAUGGCAAGCUUAUGAUCACUCAUAUUGAAGAAAAUACAACGACCAGUGUGAUUAAAGAAGUGAGUCUUGAGGUGAGACAAGAAUUGGAAGAUGAGCUGGUGUCUUCAAUGGGUAUCGUACUUCAUCAUGAACUGGAAGUGAAGACAAUGAGGAAACAUCGUCAAACCACUAAGGCGCCCUUCAUCAAAGCCAUCAUGAAAGGCAAACUUGACGUUGAUAGCUACAAACUGUUCAUGUAUAAUAUGUACUUCCUUUACAAAGUAAUGGAAGAGGAAGGCGAUCGUCAUCGAGAAGAUCCAAAAGUAAAACACGUGUAUUUUCCAAAGGAGUUGCGAAGAACACCAGAAAUCAUCAAAGAUUUGGAAUACUACUACGGAAGCGAUUGGAAGGGUAAAAUGAAACCAAUGACAACGAUAAGGAAGUACAUAGCACGCCUUCGUCAGCUAGGUGACGAAGAGCCCAUGCUUUUACUGGCGCAUCAAUUUACUCGAUAUUUAGGUGACAUGGAAGGCGGUCAAAUAAUGAAGAAGAUUGUUAGGAAAACGUUUCAACUGACUGGCUCUAAUGGCGUUUGCUUCUAUGAAUUUGCAAACAUUCCUAACCUCAGCGAUUUUAAGAAAGUGUAUCGUACACAUUUUGACUCGUUGAAUCUUGGUAAAAAGGACGCGGACCGUAUGGUUGAGGAAUCGUUAAAGUCGUUUGAUUUUCAUAUCGAAUUUUUCGCCGAACUUGCUUGCGUUUGUAAUAUGGAUUCCGAUCAGGAAAGCAAAGUAAAAAGCGCCCCACUGCCAGAACAAAGGUCUCUUGUCAAGAAGAAAGAAGCUACGAACGUUUUAUUUGUUAUGUCUCUUGGGUUAACUGUGGCAUUUUUUGCUGUUUUCUACUCUUUUCUUUUGGGAUGAGCCUAUAAUUCUUGAACUUAAGAUAUGAAAGUGAAUGCUCUGGUUUUUCAUUGAUAAUUUAAGCCUAGCCAAAGGUUGGACCAAUAAAGUAAAUAUAUCUGGAAUGCUAACUCCUAUAGUUUUGUCCUAUGAUUGGCUGAAGCCAAACUACAUUUAAAAUUUGUGAAACUUCCCCCCCCCCCUGAAAUAGUGCGUGUUUUUUUCGGCGGACGAUGUUUGUUUUGCUUCUUGCCGGUAGAAAAAUGUGGAAAAAAUUAUUUGGUGUCUGUUUUUUCUCACAUUUGUGUUUUAAAUUUGCAUCUAACAGAACAAGUUCAUGCCACAGCAAGAUAUUUUCCUGGAGAAACAUAUUCAGUAAGAAUUGAGGACGAUCGAUCGACAAACUAGUACAAGUCUACAAGACGGAACUGAAUGUUAAAAAAUAUGAAUGCGAUAUAAAACAUAUUUGAAUAUUUAUAGCAUUUUAUACAACUUUUUGUGUAUGAUUCAUGGCUUUUUACGUUUAAAUAAUGCUCCAGUGAUGUAUUUUGUUUCAUGACCCACAAUUUUCCUUGUUUAUUUCAUUAUUGUUUUCGUAUCAACUUCCAAGCUUAUCGGCCUGCUGUGAUAAGCAUUGUUUUUAUUUUCUGUUUCUCUCAUUAUUUGCUUUACACAGACAGAAUAAAAAAGGAGCGUGGCGUAUUUGAAAUAUGUUCUUCAUUUUUAUGCAUAUAUAUAUCAAUAAAAUAGCUUUUUAACAACUCUUUUUCCGAAGAUCUUUCACGUUUCUUUUUGACACUAAGCUGUUUGUUUAUUUGCAGUAUGUGUAUUUUCAUGGCAUAAAAAUUCUUCUAAAAAACACAUUUUUCCCUUCGGCAAAUUGGUCAUUUUUACGAAAGCUUAUAGCCUUGUGUAUUUAACAGGUGUAAAGCAUAACCUACAUUUUUUUAUAACCUUACAUUUUCUCCUUGAAAAUUAAACUCUUUUUGAGAAGUCCUAAUGAAAACUUUAUGCUGUCGCUGACGUCAUCUAAGAGAGGCUGGUUUGUUUUUCUUUUAACAAUAUUUACGUCAAUUUUUAAAUGCAUUUUUCUCAAUCCCAGAAAGUUAAAUCGUUUCGAAACUUUCCUAACAGAUGUAUUUUACAUUGUUUUAACUAUUUCUUGAGGUUUGAAAUCUUGAAUUUAGCCAGAACUUUCAAUAACAUAGAAAAAGCAGUAAAAAACGCGCGGUUUUUCAGAACGUCAAUGCGUAUUGUCGUGUUUUUUCCACAUUUUUGCCUUGUUUGCUAUGGAAAUAUCAAAUUUGGUUAUCAUGCUUUUGAUAGCAAUUGCUUUUAGGUGAUAUAAUUGGGGUUUUCGUGCCAAAAUUAUCUAGUCAAAACAGAAACAAUUUUAAUAAAAAUCUUUUAUAAAGUACUGGGUCUACCUACAACAAUAGCUUCAAUAUUGGCUUCAAUUUCCUCCCCUGAGUUGGCAUUUCAGAUAUAUUUACUUCAAUGGGUUGGACCCAGUAAAGUUAUCGUAUUCAAUGCUUGAUAAUUCGUAAUAUAUAUUGAAAAUGUUAGUUUUUGAAUGCAUAAUGAACUCAAAAAACUAGCAGUUGCCGUGAUGGAUUGCCAAAAAAACCAAAUAGUUCUAAGAAGAACUUUAUUCAAAAACUGUUGGUGUUUUGGUUAUCAAACAGUUCUUUUUAGAAACUUUGGUUAUUUUGGACAUCCAUCAUGGCAAUUGCUUGUAUAAAAACAAUUUUCGAUUUGCCACCACGACAAUGACUCUGAUGAACUCCAUCCGUGCCCUAACCUUUCUGCUAACCUUUAACGAUUUGUUGAUAACAAAGAGAACUUAUUGCUGAUAAAGUUCGAAUCGGGUGAUAAUAUGAAUGACUUUGUAUUGAUUCGACAGCAAUUAUCAAAUUAAACUUUUGUUACCUUUUUUUCGUGAUUAA